AUGGACAGCCCUGAACCCGAUACGCCCUUCGCGGCCGUCAGCGCCCAAACAACAAGAGCCGGAAUGGUGAGCUUCUUCGCCCCUGUCAAUACACAGGCACCUGGAAAGAAAUGGGUCUUGUUCGCGCUGCGUCUAUGUGUGACCGACAGUGUGUAUCCAGAGCAUAGGCUAAGAAUUAUGGUUCAAAUACAGCUUUACCAAUCCUACCUGGACAAGUCAACGCCGUACAAGACAUACCGCUGGAUCGGAACCGGUGUUAUCUUCUUCAUGUUCGCUCUGCGCAUCUUCUUUGCUCAAGGCUGGUACAUUGUCGCAUACUCUCUUGGCAUCUACCUCCUGAACCUUUUCCUCGCCUUCAUCUCGCCCAAGUUCGAUCCCGGUCUCGAGUCCGCCGAGGAUAUGGAAGAAGGCAGUAGUGGAGACCUUCCCACAAAGUCAACCGAUGAGUUCAAGCCAUUCGUGCGCCGCCUCCCCGAGUUCAAGUUCUGGCACGCAGCCACCCGCGCUAUUGUCAUUGGUUUCUUGUGUUCAUGGAGCGAGAUCUUCAACUUGCCCGUCUUCUGGCCUGUUCUUGUCGUAUACUGGUUGAUUCUGGUCGUCUUGACCAUGCGCCGCCAGAUUCAGCACAUGCUGAGUAAGAGAAUCUUGACACGCAUAUACUGCCAGGAUUACAGAUACGUCCCAUGGGACUUUGGCAAGAAGAACUACGCCGCCAAGAACAGCAACUGA